AUGCGGUUCCUGGUUGUGUUGGUCCUGCUGAGCGUCGCGGUGGCGGGAGUCGUUCAGCCCGCUACAAAGCCCACCGGUGCGUCAGCCACCGAAAAUCUGACCACCAGUCCCAAGAAAGAAAAGACUUCUUCUGCAGUAAAAACCCCCGACAGUACCACCCUGGACCAGGUGUCUAAGAAGGAAGACAAGAAGUCCUCUGUGCAUCCGCCAUCUACGAAAGACACCCAUGGCACUUUGAGUACGAAACCUACGACCCCGAAAUACAGCCCUGACAGUUCGGGUCCGGAACACGCGACAGGGAAAAAUGCGAUCCUGAAAUACACUUCUGGUACUUCUAGUCUGGAACACACGACCCCGAAAGAUCAGUCUGAUAAAGAGCAGUUCCCCAAGUCUAAAGUGAAAGAAGAAUCAGACAGAAUAGAAUCUGAUAAGAAGGUGCCAACAGACCCCGCCCUCGCUUCUCCUAGUCAGGAGGGAGAAGGUCAGUCCUCAGAACAUGCUGAAGAGGUGGAGAUUAAGGAGGCUGAGGGAGAUGGUGCAGAGCCUAAAGAGGAGUCCCCACCUCAAGAAGGGAUGUCAGGCCAUGCCUCUAGUGAGAACCAUGAAGGUCCACCUUUAGGUUCUAUGAGUAGUGAGAAGAAUGACCUUUUUAAGAACAAUCCUGGAAGUGCCAGUGCAGAGAGCAGCCACUUCUUUGCAUACCUGGUGACUGCAGCCAUUCUUGUUGCUGCCCUCUAUAUUGCCUAUCACAACAAACGAAAGAUUAUUGCUUUUGUCCUGGAAGGAAAAAGAUCCAAAGUCAUUCGGCGACCCAAGGCCAGUGAUUACCAGCGUUUGGACCAGAAGGUAAGGAGGGAAGAGCCAGGUCCAUGGAAGGGAUGUGCAGCCUCAGAUCGGUCUAGCCUCUGA